AUGAGGGACGACACCAAUACAGGCACCACCCACUCUACACUCUCACAAGCUCUCUGCUACUUCUCACUACCUGUCACUUCGACGCAUUUCUCUAUCGAGACCCCCGGCACUACGCCUCUGCAGGCGUAUUCGCCGGAUAUCAUUCCGGAUCCUUACCACCCGCUACUUGCUUCUCGACAACUAUCUCCAGAACACCACAUGGCAUCCACAGACAACUCCUCUCUGCUCCAGUUGCAGACAUCUGCCGCCAAUAGGCCUGCAGCGCGACCAAUCCAGCACGGUGCCUCGUCUCCUGCCAGCUCAACUACGAGCUCCAGCUCAGGUUCUACAAGCCCCUCGACGCUCUGUUGCAGUCGCUGCCGACGCGAAUCCGGCGGCAGCAUGGUCCAGUUUGGCACGAAUCUCUACUACUGCACCCACUGCGCGAGGAUGACGGGCUAUUGCGCAGGAUGAAGGUCCUUGUCUGUCCAACCAACGAACCAAAGCACAUCACGAGAUUUACACAAAACUACUCGACCGUCACAGACGUUUUAAUUAUCUCCUUCACCAAACAAGCCCUAUGCAACAGGAUGCCACCACCGAGAUGAGCUAUCACUGUUCGCGAUCGGAAUAAUGCCGCUACGCGCCCGAUGUUCCAUUGAACCAGCGGACAGGACGGGAAGCUUGUCAUUGGAGCAUGAUGCAGGGCUGUCA